AUGACAGAAGCAGGCCACGACCAAAUGAAAAGUUCAUCGACCUCAAGCCAGUCUUCGGCACCACUAUCCUUCGUGCCCACGAAUCCCAAUCCUAUCGACACUAGUAGCGAAGCGCGCCAACAUGAAGAGACCAAGGUCCCCUCUACCGACGACCGACACGAUCAUGACUCACGAGGCACGGAUAUCCCGGCCCCAGAAGGCGACACGUCCGGUACAUACACCCCCUCACCACUACACAUGGCCAUGUUCGUCGCAGUGGUAGUCUUCUUCAUAAUCGCAGUUUAUCAGGGCAUCUUGUACAUUCCCGGUGCUCAGCCUAGCACUGCUGCGCUUGCUUCGGGCAUGAUAUGGACGGCCAUAACUCUGCUGCAACCCUACUUCCUCGGCAACUGCAUCUACUACAUAAGCUACGCCAUGAGGUCCAUAGCUUGGGUUAUCGAAUCUGGAAUCCACGAUGGCUACGGCUACGGUCCAGAAAUCGGAGAAAGUGAGUUCCGGGGUGCAGCCAUGGAUACAUUGAAACAAAUUCUAAUGCACGUCGACGAACUAAUUACGGUAGCUAAGACAAAUAUCGGCCACUCGCCAGAGGAUAUGCGGGUGACAAACGAGGCGGACCUAACAACACCACCCGCUGACCAGGUUUCUCUAGGGGAAGAGAGUGGGUCUAACAGCUCCUCACGGCGCCGUAGUUCUGCCAGCUCAUCACCAAAACCAAAGCCCGCGGUCCCAAAGAAGAGUAGCCGUAUCAGUAACAUGAAGUUCUAG